CAGCUUAGUCGUGUUCCAGUAACGCUUCCGCGCACACCAAAUCCAAUUCAGUACCAAUUCAGUACCAAUAUCCCAAUCAGCGUAAGGACGCAGCAGACAGCCGUCGUCCCGCCCCACCAAUCAGAUAGUCAAGUCCAAUCAGAAGUGCAUUCAAUACAAUCAGUAUGUCCGCUAGGAUCCUGGAGGACUCGCCCAACGCGCGCAUCAACAAGACGAUCCUCGAUCGCUACCUCUCGCUGCCGCUGCAGGAGAACAUCGUCCAGGCCACCUACGUGUGGAUCGAUGGCACCGGCGAGGAUCUGCGCUGCAAGGACCGCACCCUCGACUUCAUUCCCCAGAGUCCCAAGGAGCUCCCCGUUUGGAACUACGAUGGAAGCUCGUGCUACCAGGCCGAGGGAUCCAACUCGGACACCUACCUGUACCCGGUGGCCAUCUACAAGGAUCCCUUCCGGCGCGGCAACAACAUCCUGGUGAUGUGCGACACCUACAAGUUCGAUGGCACCCCCACGGACACCAACAAGCGCAAGACCUGCCUGGAGGUGGCCAACAAGUGCGCCGCUGAGGAGCCCUGGUUUGGCAUUGAGCAGGAGUACACCUUCCUCGACUUCGAUGGCCAUCCAUUGGGCUGGCCCAAGAACGGCUUCCCCGGACCACAGGGACCCUACUACUGCGGCGUUGGUGCCAACAAGGUCUACGCCCGCGACAUUGUGGAUGCCCACUACCGCGCCUGUCUGUACGCCGGAAUCAAGGUGUCCGGCACCAAUGCCGAGGUGAUGCCCGCCCAGUGGGAGUUCCAGGUGGGACCCUGCGAGGGCAUCUCCAUUGGCGAUGAUCUCUGGAUGGCCCGUUUCCUCUUGCACCGCAUCUCCGAGGAGUUUGGCAUUGUGUCCACUCUGGAUCCCAAGCCGAUGCCUGGCGAUUGGAACGGUGCUGGUGCCCACACCAAUGUGUCCACGAAGGCGAUGCGCGAGGAUGGCGGCAUCCGGGACAUCGAGAAGGCGGUGGCCAAGCUGUCCAAGUGCCACGAGAGGCACAUUCGCGCAUACGAUCCCAAGCAGGGCCAGGACAACGCCCGUCGUCUGACCGGAAAGCACGAGACGAGCUCCAUCAACGAUUUCAGUGCCGGCGUGGCCAAUCGCGGAUGCAGCAUACGCAUUCCCCGCGGCGUCAACGAUGAUGGCAAGGGCUACUUCGAGGAUCGCCGGCCCAGCUCCAACUGCGAUCCCUACUCCGUGGUGGAGGCCAUCUUGCGCACCAUCUGCCUGGACGAAUAGGACGGGGGCAUACAUGUGUACCUAUGUCCAGAAUUGUUGUUAUCGAUUUAUAGCUUGUUGUUAAACCACCUUUUGAUCCAAUGAUCCAAUGAUCCACUGACCCACGAACACCCGAUCACCUGAACACCUGAACACCGAACGCGAAGUUAUAUGCAUAACGUAGACUUAGUUUUUACCUAACGUAUUCCCCACAACAAAACCCAGAACUAGAAUCCUAAGGCAGCCCUCCUCUUACUGAUAUUUCCAACGAUUUUUUUUCUUUUUUUUUGUAGCUGCUGUUAUUUAGGUUUUAGUGUGAGUUUUUUUUUUGUGACCAAUAAAAUAUAUUAAUAUGGUCAGCGAUGAAGUGAAGAGGAGCAAGAACCCAAAAAGACAUCCCCACGAAAAAAAAAAGAAAACAAAGCUCUAGUAUCAAAAAAAUCCCUUGAGACCCUGAAAAAAAAAAAACACCCAGCCCCCUACUUGUUAAUGAUAUUAAAUAAUUAACUUUAAUCCUAAACUACAUACAUAUACUCUCUAGUUAAGUAAAUGCACUAAAAAAUAAAAAAAAAUACACAAUACAAAAUGGGGAUUUCCUUCAA